AACGACUGUCAAACCAAAGGAAGCAAGUAAGACACGAAGUAGGAAAAUUUCGAGCCGCAAUUCAUUGUGAAAAUUUUCUCGUGAAAAGCAAAGAUAAUUAGAAAUUUUAUUGCAAAUCAUUCAUAAAGACGGGCGAAUACUUCAUUGAUAUUGAAACCAGCUCACAAUGGCCGGAGCAAUGAUGUUCGACCGCGCUCAGUCGCUGCAAUUAAACCGUCAGGAUUUGUCCACCAUUGCCGCCGACCUUGAAGUAGACGAAAACGAUGAAGAGCAAAUUCGCCAGAAAGAACAAAAGAUCAUGGAACUGGGAGAAGCAUACAAAAAGGAAGGCAAAGCUAAAGAGUUGGCCGAUUUGAUCAAGGUUACACGACCCUUCCUGAGCUUCCUUAGCAAAGCUAAAGCGGCCAAAUUGGUCCGCUCAUUAGUUGAUCUGUUUCUGGAUCUAGAGGCGGAAACAGGAAUCGAAGUGCAACUGUGCAAAGAGUGCAUCGAGUGGGCUAAACAGGAGAAACGAACCUUCCUGCGACAAUCGCUGGAGGCAAGAUUGAUUGCGUUGUAUUUCGACACCGGAAUGUACACGGAAGCACUGGCUCUUGGCAGCCAAUUGUUACGUGAGUUGAAAAAACUGGACGACAAGAAUCUACUGGUUGAAGUUCAGCUGUUGGAGAGCAAGACCUACCAUGCACUUAGUAAUCUUCCCAAGGCACGCGCCGCACUCACCUCCGCUAGAACUACCGCAAAUGCGAUCUAUUGCCCUCCAAAGGUACAAGCUACACUGGAUUUACAGUCUGGAAUAUUACACGCUGCAGAUGAACGCGACUUCAAAACCGCCUUUUCCUAUUUCUACGAAGCUUUCGAAGGAUUCGAUAGUGUUCAGAGUCCGAAAGCACUAACCGCUCUCAAAUACAUGUUACUUUGCAAAAUUAUGCUCGGUCAGAGCGAUGACGUCAACCAGAUUGUCAGCGGGAAAUUGGCAAUAACCUACUCCGGUCGUGACAUCGAUGCAAUGAAAGCUGUUGCCCAGGCUUCGCACAAACGUUCGCUAGCGGAUUUCCAGGAUGCACUCAAACAAUACAAACACGAACUGGAGGAUGAUGUUAUUGUGAAGGCCCACUUAGGAACACUGUAUGACACAAUGCUGGAACAGAAUCUGUGCCGUAUUAUCGAGCCGUACGCCCGUGUCGAGGUGAAUUUUAUUGCCGAACAGAUUGCCCUUCCGAUCGCCCAGGUCGAAAAGAAACUGUCCCAGAUGAUCCUCGAUAAGAAAUUCAGCGGCAUUCUGGACCAGGGCAUUGGAGUUCUGAUAGUGUUCGAAGAAACCCCAGUUGAUAAGACGUACGAUACGGCACUAGAAACAAUACAACACAUGGGUAAAGUAGUGGAUACGCUGUACCAAAAGGCCAAAAAGCUGACGUAAGUACCGGCGAUCGACGUUCUCAGCUUUAGGUACUUUUUUCUAUUUAGGUUUGCUCUGUUGUCUGGCGCUACAACGGUUUACUGUGUUUACUUUUUUUUAAUUGAAUGAAUUCCGAUUGCUUGAGGUUUUCUGUCCUUCCCUAAUGGAAUCUAUAGAUCACUUGAACGCCACCAUUUGGGACACCUGCACUAGCAUGAGCAAAAUUGAACAGAACUGCGAAUUAAUAUACUAAAUAAUAGAGCGAUUACGAUGUUUGCCAAAAUUGGCAGAAUAGCGUGCUUCGUCUGUUCGAGAACUGACCUGUGUAACUGCGACAGCGAAGAUCACUCAGUGUGGAAAUCAACCAUAACAAUUUUAGCAGUCCUGAGAACGUUAUUAUUGAUGAUGAGAGUAGGGAAAAGAACCCGAUUUAAAUAUCAGGAGGUGUAUCCUUAACAGUACAGUACUUGAUUUAGUAAGAACGUAACAAAUUCGAACACAGUAAUCAAAUAAAUUAUUUCUUAAAAAUAUAAAAAAAA